AUGGCUACCACAAAUAAUCUUGUCAAUCCUCAAGUGCCCAAAUUAUUGAAAGAUAACUAUGAGAGUUGGUCAAUCCAAAUGAGAGCCUUAUUUGGUUCUCAAGAGUUGUGGGAGCUGAUCAUUGAUGGGUUCACGGAACCUACACCAGAAGUAGAAGCCACCUAUACCGCCGAAGAGAAGAAGGCUCUCAGAGAACAAAGAAAGAAGGAUAGCAAGGCUCGUUUUCUACUCUAUCAAGGGUUGGACGAGUCUACCUUUGAGAGAGUUGCCGAAGCAACGACAAGCAAGGAAGCAUGGGAAAUCCUUGCGACCAUCUACAAAGGAAGCAGUACCGAGAUGCUUGCUGAAUUCAAGGCGGCAAUGUUCAAUGAAUUUGAGAUGACAGACAAUGGAUUAAUGUCCUAUUUUCUUGGCAUUGAAGUGAAGCAGCAACAAGAGGGGAUUUUUAUAUCCCAGAAGAAGUACAUGAAGGAGAUCUUAGAGAAGUUCAAGAUGAAUGAAUGUAACCCUGUUAACACCCCAGUAGCCAUCGGAAUGAAGCUAUCAAGAGAAGGAGACGGACGUUUCGUGGAUUCAACUCUUUUCAAAAGUCUAGUUGGCAGCCUGAGAUACUUGACGAUCACAAGGCCCGAUAUUACUUAUGGAGUUGGACUUGUGAGUCGCUAUAUGGAGACACCGAAUGAAUCUCACUGGCUAGCUGCGAAGAGGAUACUAAGGUAUAUCAAAGGCACACUCAGCCUGGGUCUCUUCUAUGCAUAUGAUGAAAAUGCACAACUAGUUUGUUACUCAGAUAGUGACUGGGGAGGUGAUCAAGAUGAGAGAAAAAGCACCACAGGCUAUGUUUUCUAUCUUGGGUCAACUGCAUUUUCAUGGACCUCAAAGAAGCAAGGAGUUGUAGCUUUAUCUUCAUGUGAAGCAGAAUAUGUGGCGGCUGCAUCUACAGUAUGUGAAGCAAUUUGGUUGCGGAACAUAUUAAAGGAGUUGGAUCAUCCACAAGAAGACUCGACCGUAAUUUUUGUGGACAACAAAUCAUCCAUCCAUCUUGCAAAGAACCCAGUACAUCAUGGGAGGAGCAAACACAUAGAUACACGGUUUCAUUUUCUCAGAGACCAUGUAAAGCAGAAAACCGUUGAACUGAAGCAUUGUCACACCACUGAACAAGUGGCAGACAUAUACACCAAGCCAUUAUCAGGUGAAACUUUCAUGAGGCUAAGAGACAUGCUUGGCAUAAAGACAUUUUGA